AUGAGCUUUUCAAAGAUUCCCAAACCUCAGCUACCAGCACCCGGGACUCCAGGUGCGAAAUAUAACACCACUCCAGACCCAGACUGGAGUGGUCGUGAUAUCAACAAGCCCUGUCCCCCCCCGGGGCCUAUCCAGCCAACUGAAUCUCAUGGCCCAAUGGCUCCCUUAUCACACCAGACUCUCGGUGCGGAGCAUAACACCGCUCUCAAUGAUAGUGGUCGUGACGCUACUCUGCAUAAGAGCAAUCGUUCUGUUUAUAAGCAUUAUGCUCGACUGACCGAAUAUCAUGAAUCAAAUGUCCCACCGACGACUCGAUCCCUGAAGAUGGAUUGUAACCCCGUUGCUCUGAAUGAGAGUGGUCGUGAUAUUCGUAAGCGCCACCCUCUACCGAGUUCACCUAUAUGCCGGGGUCUUGAUGCGAAACACUAUAUCGCUCCAGAGAGCCAUUACGAUACCACCUUGGGAGAGAGUGGUCGUAAUACCUAUCCGAGUGAUAGCGAUGAUCCUACUGUGUUGAAUGAUGACAGGCAGGAUGAGUACAACGCUCGGGACAGCGAUGAAGAUUACUUUUCGGCUGAGAACGAUACUAUUCCGAAUAACAGUAUUCGCAAUACUACACAAGCCAGAGGCAAUCAUCAUCUUGAUACCCCCCCCAGCUCUCUAGCUAUAUCAAACAGCCUAAAUAGUUCUAUCAUGCACCAGACUUGCAGCCAGACUCGCAAUACAAUAUCUCGCCCUACUCCGAAUAGGGGUACCAGUUACAUUUACCCCCCUGACUCUGCCUUUCCUAUUCAUUCUCAGAGCCUAAAAGAGCUAUUAAAUAUACCUAGCAAACAGCCAACCCUUGGUAAUUCUGGAACUCUUAGAAUUCAAUCAGAUAGCCUAAGCCCAGGUCUAAGUUCAUCAACGACAGAGAAAAGGCGUCUGACACAACAGAAUGAGAUGAAUCCUCAGGAGGUAGAUAACUUUAACAUCUGGUACCCCGAUAGACUCUCACAGGGCUCCUCUAUUUCUGAAGAGGAGCUCGAUAUUAAGGUUUUCUGGAAGGCAACCCGUAUCACAUAUAAUGAUCUAUCUUCUGGUCUAAGGAAGUUAAUCUAUGAUGCUUACGCGCUUAAUGGUAAGAAAAGAUUACAGGCCUUCAAAAGGCUUAUAUCUGAUAUUAAGAUAUAG